GGCGUCCCAUCAACCGCCUUUGUUGCCCCCCAAGUUUAGGAGACCCCUUCCGAACACCAUCCAAUGCUCGCGGUACACGCACACGCCUACGCCGCCCACCUUUCCCCCAACCCCAACAAGAAGGUGGAGGGAGGGAGGAAUCGGAUCAAUCCGCUCCAUGCCCCCAUCCGUCGCCACCCACGCAUCGCUCCUCCUCUUCAGAGCCGCAGCCGCCGGGCCCGCCCACCUCCACCCCAAGCCCUUCUUCUCCCCCCGCGCGGCCGCCAGGAUCCCCGCUCCCCGCACCCCAGUCUCGACGGCCUGCGGCCGCCGCCCGCCGACGGCCACUGUCGCCGCCGCGAGCUGCUGGUUCCGGCGGCCUCCGGCGGCCGCGUCAGCGCGGGGGCUGUGCGCCGCGCCGCAUUCUGGCGGUGGGGCCGGCGGUGAGGUGAUGGGAUCUGACGGGGCGGCGGGGAGGAGGAGGCGGGUGCCCAAGGAGGCGCCGGCGGUGAACGGGAUGUCGAAGGAGAUGCCGCCGUCCUCUGCGCCGCCGGGGCCACCCAGGCUGCUCACGCUGCCCACCGUGCUCACCAUCGGCCGCGUCGCCGCCGUGCCGCUCCUGAUAAGCACUUUCUACAUGGAGGAUCCUUGGGCAGCAACUGCCACUACUGGCAUCUUCCUUGCUGCCGCAGUCACUGAUUGGCUGGAUGGUUAUAUUGCUAGAAAGAUGCAGUUAGGAACACCUUUUGGUGCAUUUCUUGAUCCUGUGGCCGACAAGCUUAUGGUAGCCGCAACAUUAGUCUUGCUGUGCACCAAACCUUUGGAAACUUCACUUCUCAGGGAUGGGCCAUGGCUUCUAACAGUUCCUUCCAUUGCUAUCAUUGGGAGGGAGAUUACAAUGUCAGCUGUUAGAGAGUGGGCUGCUUCUCAGAAUAGCAAAGUUCUUGAGGCUGUGGCAGUUAACAACUUAGGGAAGUGGAAGACUGCGACACAGAUGACAGCAUUGACUCUCCUUCUUGCCAGCAGAGACCCAAGUCUACCUGGGCAAGGUCUUUUAGUUACUCCUGGUGUUGCUUUGCUUUAUGUAUCCGCUGGACUUGCAAUAUGGUCCCUAGUGGUGUACAUGAGAAAGAUAUGGCGGAUACUUCUAAAAUAGCAUUAGCCUAUAGUGUAAUAGAAGAAGCAGAAGCAAGGUGAUAUUCCGUUCAUGAUCAUACAAUUUUUGGAAGAUGGUUGAGUUGAUUGAUGGUCUGGAGCUGGUUGUGAUCCUCAGUAACUUAUGUGUCAUCUGUGUUUGGUGGAUUAGCCACUGAAUUUGCUGAGCAUGCUGGUAUCUUUUUAGAAACACUACAUAGCACGUAGCAUGUUGCUGAGGGGAUUACUUAAGCUAUUUGGGAGCCAUCACAGCUUGUGUGUUGGACACCGGGUGUGAUAGAGUUGUAAGUCGACGAUGCAAAAUAUUGUACCGUAUACGAACACAAAACCAGGGGGUUUGUGUGUGUGGAGUUUCUACCAUUGUAAUUUACCCAUGAUACAAUAUGUCAGGAGCACAAAAUUAUUCCUUGCA